AUCGUAUCCUUCCUAUUUGAGGUACCGUCAUUCUUGGAAUGUUGGUGAACGGAAUGAUGGAACAUAGGAACAUCGAGGAGAUGCCUUUUAUAUAUCUACCCCGCGAAAGUUACCGAGUAUGGAUAUCCACUCGGGUUGGAUGAAAUGUUGGAGGAUUCAUGGAUGUGACUAUAAGUGAGCUGUUCAUUCCAGGCUCAUAAUAUGAUGUGUCCCAUUAUAGAGCUUGGAAAGGAAAGCGCGACUUGAUGACUUGGAGGUGACUAUUUUCUCUUUCGAUUGUCCAUUUCAUUUCAAUAUCAAAACACAUACUCUCGACUUGAAAAGAACGUUCCCACGUCACUCAUUGACAAUGGCUACAUUGUGUACCUACAAGCUGUGCAUCAGCAUCCUACUGUAAAGGCCACCUUAUGUCUCUAUUCCAAGACAGUUGCACUAACCGAUCCAGUCUCCUUUCAACCUCUAUCCUAGCAGACUAUACAAAAGUGUCCUGCCCGACAAUCACUAAAGCCACUUCGAGAUCAGAUUGUCCACCAACAACCCCGUCUUCCUGCCCGCAACCAUUCUGCAUCGUCGAAUCACGUAUCCCAGUCCCCUGCGGAUGUCCUAUCACUCUCCCAACAACUACAUCAUACACUGCCUGCUCAACGAGAUGUCUUGAGGGAUGUGGAACGUACUUUAGUGCUUUGGUCGCACCUUGCUCUUCCACAGUCACUCUUCCGACCUACACUCCUCCCCCACCACCUCCAACGACGACGCUUUCGACUAUAACCGCACAACCAAGUUUCUGCUCCACAAUUACCAUAUCAGAAGGUCCCGAGUGCUGGAAUGCAGGAUGUGGAACGACUUAUAGUAGGUGCGAGACGACAAAGACUGUGACGUUGGAGUGUGGUUGCCAGAGUAUUCCAACUGUCACGAGUUGUAAGGACAAAAAGAAGUGUGAUGGAGGCUGCAUUACAAGUUGGCAAACUGGAUAUUUGCCUUGUCCAACAACACCUUGGGGUCCGCCUCCUACAAGUAUUUCGUAUGGGGUUUAAGUGGGGAGCAGUAUGAAAAUUGAGCUGGGGACGAAUAAUGGAAUUGAAUGCUGUCGAGACUUCGUUCGUUGGUGUGGGUAUAUUGGGCGGUGUUGCUUUGAAAGAAUGUUGUUGGAAGUCCGCUUGGACUGUGAUAUCCCAUUCGUGUAUGAUAG